ACCAGUUUUUGAGUACCGUUGAAAAGGCGUAAGACGAGAUGGUUACACCGUAUUGUCCAAGGUUAUGCCGUUGAUGCUGUGCUCCUGUUCCUGUGGGCUUCACAGCGACGAGCGAAGACUUCAUACAAUUACCGCACAACCCAGUGAAGCCCGUGACACUGCUGCAAAAUCUGUGUACACCCAGGACGAUGUUGAAGACGAGGAGGAGGGGGUUACAUUGAGCUCUCGCUCUAGUGGCGAGAAUUACGAAAAUGAUGUUGCAAUUGAGCAAGAGGAGGCAGAGGCAGCCAUCACAACGCUGCAGCUGCAAGUUCGUGCACUUCGCAAGUAUAAGAGCAACUAUGAACUGCUGUGCGGCCAGCUGAGCGAGCUGAACACUCAGAUCGGCCUCCAGCUGCAACGCCACGAGGCAGAUGUAGCCGCUUUACAAGCUUCAAUUGCCGAUCUUCAGACCGAGAAAAUCGCUCUGGAAGCCCAAGUAUUGGAGUCACAACAGGCUCUAGCAGUGCAGCGAGACGCAGUCAAACAAGACCGAGAAUACUCAGAUAACGUCCAUCGACAGCUCAGCACGGCAGCGGAACUGCUUAAAGCUACGGAAAAGCGGUUAGAGCAGCAGGAAGAACAUUUCACAGCUGAAAUGGAGCGGUUAAGAACACAACUUGCUAACAAGGAUAACGAGCGAACCAAAUUUCAAGGUAGAGCUAAAGAACUGGAGGAGGAACUCGAAACACUGCAAGAACGGGAGAAUGCAGCCAAAGAGCAAGAGGUUAUGCGGCGGCGACGUGAGAAGGGUAAGCUCAAGAAAGCAUUAAUGGCACAUAAAGCAAAACUCCGAUCGCUAAGUGAUGAGCUCGAGGCACAGCGUUCAGCUCUCCGUGCGGCCAAGAAACAACUCGGACACGUGCAGGCAGACAACGAUGCCCUGCGCAAGCAACUGACCAACGUGAAGCGUGACGGAGCUCAUUUGUCCGAUAUCAUCGACAGCCAACGUGUUGAGCACGAAUCCUACACCGAUGAACUCAUGCAGACCAAGAAGGCGAAAAAGCAGCUAGCAAAACGCGUGCGAGCACUCUCUCAAGACAGAGAGCAACUUCAGAAUGAGCUGGCAGAUGCCAAAGAAGAACUCGUGCACAAGAACAGCGAGCUCGAGAGUUUUCGGGAUGAGAUAAAGACUUUACGUGUUAAGCUACAGAAAACAUCGCAAGCGCUUAAUGAGGUUGAAAGCAGCAACGAAAAACUGGUGAAACAGAUCGAAAAGCUGCAGAAAAUGGAGACUGAGCGGUGCGCCAAAGCCAAGACGGAGGAGCAAGCUCAUCUAGCAAGUCGAGACCACAAAUACCGCAAUGAGUUAAUACGUAUGCGUGAGCUUCUUGUAGACAACCAACAGCGUUCUACCGAAUCGUCUAAAGAUGUCCAGAAGCUGCGUCGAGAACUACUGAGUGUUCAAAAGCUGCUGCAUGGCUGCAACCAAGAGCGACAUGCAGUAGAUCAAUGGGCCGAAGUAUUGCGAAACAGCUUCAAAGCCGAAGAGGUUCCAAAGAGCACCAUCCUGGAAAAACUACGAGCCUUAAAAACUUCAAGUAACGGUGGCUAGUGUCUUAAACAUUUAAAGCUAUUCUUCACUUCUC